AUGUCGGGAUGCUGGAGCUCCGCCAGCGCCUUGAAGCUGAAGGCUGUGAAGUUCACGUACUACAUGCACGACGAUUUCGUGCUGCCAGACGUUAGCGCUGUAAUAGUCACCAGUCCCAACAUGACUCUCGGAAGCACAGCUACAUUCGGCGAUAUCACCGUCUUCGACAGCGUUCUCAAGGAGACAGUUUCCAAUGAUUCAGCACAAAUCGGGCACAGCUCGGGCCAAGUUUCGGCUCUAAAAGAGUCAGUAGAGAAGUUCAUUACCUUUGUGCAGGAUAUUACAAUCCCCGGCUACUCCGGAACCAUCUCCUGCUCUGCCAGAUUCAACUUCAGCGCCCCGAAUUGGGAGGUGGGUGUCAACUCUGGCACAGGUUCCUUCAGAGGAGCGAGUGGCUACUUAACAGCCAGCGUAGCCGUUCCCGACCCAGCUGGAUACAUUCUGAAGUACGAAGCGAAUCUGAUCCUUCCGCAACAGUAG